AUGCCCCUGAGGAGCGGCUUCGAAGAUUACAGAGAGGCCUGUGCAUGUAUUGUGGCGUUGCUGGUCACGUUUUAUGUGACUGUCGGGCGCGUCCGCAUAGACCUCGGGCGCCGACCCCUGGAAACCCUAAUCGACUCUGGAGCAGAAGGAAACUUCAUCCACCGAUCCCUUGUAGAACAACUUCAGCUUCCUGUUGAGACCCUUCAAGCAUCUCUACGAUUAUCAGCGGUGGAUGGAGACCCAGUUGGAGAGGGUGUCAUCGAUACACUCACAAGACCUGUCACUAUGUACACCACCCUUCCUUCUGAUGUUCCCGCAGUCAACGAUUGGAUAGACCGUAGUGAACAAGUCUGGGAACAAACUCACCAGCAUAUUGAGAGAGCACUGCGCCAUCAGAAACGUCAGGCCGAUCGUCGCCGUGGGGAAACCCCAGUAUAUUCCCCGGGGGAUCGAGUGUGGCUUUUGACCAGGGACUUCGGGUUCUCAGAGGUGAUCUCUGGUCCGCUGGAUGAGGCUUCGCCCGACGUUCGGCCGCCCCCUCCAGUCGAGGUCGAGGGCUCUCCGGUCUACGCUGUGCGCAGGCUGCUGGAUUCCCGGAGGAGAGGAGGUGUUCUCCAGUACCUGGUUGACUGGGAGGGCUACGGACCUGAGGAGAGGAGCUGGGUUCCUGCCAGGGAUGUCUUGGACCCGGGGUUGGUGGAGGAGUUUCACCAGCGCCAUCCGGACCGUCCGGCACCGCGUCCCAGAGGUCGCCCAGUCAGUUCCUCCUUGGGCCGUCAGACAGGACGUUCCGUGAGUGGAGCCUUGACCCAGCGCCGCGCCAGCUCCGGAGGUGUGGCCCGCUUCCUGGUUCUCAUUCAGACUCUCAGACCUCUUAGGACUCCACUUCCCAGAAUCCUUCAGUCAGUCACGAGACUAUUCCGGCCAAUCACAAACCAACCAGCAGAUCAGUCACCUGAAUACUAAUCACCAUCACCUGUUCUACUCUGUGUAUAUAUAUAUUGGUCUGUUUGAAACUCGUAUUUACGAAGUAUUGCCCUUACUUAGUCUGUGCAUACCAAGUCGUUUGUUUUUCUGAUUACUACUCUGUGUUUCACCUCGCUUGUUUUUUUGUUUUCGUUUUCGAUUCUCGUCUCUGUCUUGGCUUUGUUUUGGUUUGGUUUAUGUGCUAUUUCUGGUUAUGACCCUCGCCUGUUUUUUCAACUUCGCUUUCGCCUAUGCCCCUGUAUUUUGUCUUCUUGUUCUGGUCAUUGACCUGGUCUGGUGUUAACCCUGUUUACUCCCGUCAGAAUAAAUCUUCCGGAUUAACUUUUA